UAUAGCUGUUUUUUUUUUUUUUUUUUUUUUUUUUUUUUUGGUGAGAAUAAUUUAUCCAAUUAAUAAUAGGAAAUUAGGAAUACAUGAUUUAUUAUUUUAUUUUUUUUUAACAAGAAGUAGUACGUAAAAUAAUUGAAGAUAUUAAUCAUGUGAUUGGAUUUCGUAGGAAAUUUUAAAAAGUGUUUGGUUAACCAUAGGUUUCUCUAGAUAAUUUACUUCUCAAUUUCUCAUGAAUUUAUCAAUCAAUACCACAAAAGAUUUCCAAUUUCUAGGAAUUUCAACUUCCCAUGUUUUUUUUUUUCAACUAAAUGACUUUUUUAAUUUUUUCUUACCAGUAGUAUUUAUGGAUUUAUUAAAGGUCUAUAUAUUUAUCUUUUUACGUUUUUUUUUCGUCUUCGAAUUUUAGUGAAGGAUAUAAAUUAAAACCGCAAUACUUUAAUGCCACAUCGAGAGUUCCAAGUUACAAUUAUUAUACUCCAUAUUAUAAAAAAAAUAAUAAUAAAAAAACAAACAAACAAACUCUGAGACAUUGCCAACUGUGAGGUCUAUUCAAAAUUUCUACGGUCAAUUCAUCACAAUAAUAAAUGUGGUUGGAAUUACCAAAAGCGCGCUAAAUUUACAGUGAGGUUGACCGUGACAAAGAGUAACCAUGGAAUGCAACAAAGAAGAAGAGAAGAUAAUUCAUCACAGAAAACCUUGCUGCUUUUUCAAGCUGAUUCUCUUCCCUAAUUCACAAUCUAAGAAGUUGGGGAUUCCGGAGAAGUUUGCAAGGGCAUUCCGCGAAGAACUCUCUGCUGUUGCUAUCCUUACAGUGCCUACAGGUGAAACUCAAAAGGUUGCAUUAGUCGAAGAGGGCAACAAUCUAUGGUUUCAUGAUGGUUGGCAGGAUUUUGUGGAGUAUUACUCCAUAGGCUAUGCAUCCUUUUUGCUGUUCAAGUAUGACGGGAACUCAAACUUCAGGGUGCAUAUUUUCGAUCCAUCUGCUUGUGAAAUAUCCUAUCAAUGCAGUGCUCGGAUUGCUUUUAAACCACAACUUGAUCCUUGUCCUGAAGAAAUUGAUGAUGAUGCUGAGGACAGUCGCGAAAUAUUGCAUUUAUCAUCUGUUGAUGUGAACAAUUCUGAUUCUGAAGAAAUUAUAAAUCUGAAUAGUGAUGAUGAGACAAAUGAUGCAAGAGAAUACAGUCCAUUUGGGUAUUUUUGUAACUUGGAGAAUAAAGAAGGGAUAAUGAACACGGUUGCUGCUGCUGGAAUUCCCUUGCCUGAUAGACCUUACUUUGUUACUGAUAUUAAGACGUAUGUUCUGCAUAAAGGACUGUACUUGAAUGUUCCUGUGUCUUUUUGUCAUGACCAUCUCAAAUGCAAUGUGAUGCAAUCAAAGUUCAUAAAGCUUGUGGCAUACGGUGGAAAACAAGUGACAGUUAAAUGUAUAAGAAGUCAAUCUAGAUGUACUUUUGGUUCAGGGUGGAUCAUCUUUGCGCGAGGGGCUGGUUUGGAGGUAGGAGAUGUAUGUGUUUUCGAGCUUACUGAUGCAAUAAAUUAUGUGCUGCAUGUUCAUAUUGCUAAGAAGUCACAGAUCAAGGCUGCUGCUUGACAACUCUUAAGCCCCUUGUAUCUUUUGGCUUAAUUUGAGCUGCAUUUAGAUAGUAGGAUUAUGUAUUUUGUGUACUUGUUUGUUAGUAGUAUGUAGUAUCAUGAUAUAUUUUGUA